AAAAAUGCUGACAUUAUUUUUAUUUUUCCUUCUCCUUAUCCCCUUGCUAAUUUCUUCUGUCGACCGUACAAUUGACCAUUUUGAGACCAAUUUGGAUCGGUUUGCUAAAGGACCCCCUUCACAUAUUAAACCUUCGCGGAUUAUUCUUCCAGCAAAUUUUAUGGAAAAAUUAAUAAAUAAUGGAGGGAUUCAGUUAAAAAAACAGGGAAAUUUUGAACGAAAUUUUAAUGAGAAUACAAAUAAAUUAAAUAGUAACCAGUUAAAUCAACCGACUACACGAAUUUUAACAAACCCAAAAAUUCCAGUUGACAAAACUUUAUUAAAUAAAAAUAAAGAAAAAGAGGAGAAUGCUUAUUUGUCUCAAGUUAACCAGUUAAUUCCUUCAAUCCCUUCAAUUAACACAGGAGAAGAUCCCCGACCUUUCCUAGAAGGAGAAAGAUUAGGGCAACAAGGAAAAUUCGGUGGACCAACAAAUCAAUACAAAGAAGACUGGGGACAUAAAUAUACCCAAAAAGAGAAUAGAGAAAUAAGUGGACAAGUUCCGAAUUUUGUUUCAAGCUUCGGAAGCUCUCAGCAGCCCUCAAAAAUAGAAAAAGAUAUCAACCCUAAUCUAGACGGAUCUAAAGUAUUUAUUGACAACAACAAAAAUUCUAAAAAUACUGGUCUCACAACUGGACGAAUGUCUCCCUAUUUAAACGCACCAGAAGAAAUAACAGGAAGUAGAUGGCGAAGUUUUGAUGAAUAUUUUAAUAAUUUAAAUAAAGGGAAUAGAGGAAGAGGGCCUAAUAGAUAUGUUAAAAUUGAUUUAUUGAAUGAAUAAAAAAUAUGAUUUAUGAGAAUAAAAUUAUAAAAAAAAGUUCGGAGUA